AUGAAAAAAACAAACCCUAAAGAUAAAUUGGAAAAUAAAAAUUAAAGCAAUGCAAUUCCAGCAUCUUUAGUUAUUUUUGAUAAAAUUCAUGCUUUGAAAGAUAAUAAUUCAGUAUAAGAAUAUACAUUAUUUUGUAGAUUAAAAUUGAAAUGAUAUUGAAUUAUCUUAAGGAACUUACACUUGGUUAAACAAUCAAAAAAGAUGAAUCUUUAACAUAUGUAUUAUGCGGGAAAAAAUGGACAAUCAAUAUUGUAGAAGUAUCACCUAUUGCUGAACUAAUUGUUGUUGAUUAAAAUACUUAAUUUAAACUAUAAGAAAAUUAGUUAAUCUAAAAUUCAGAACAUCUAAAAUAAUUUGAACAAUCAUAAUCUUAAUUUAUGUACUAUGAUAAUCUUUUUAAUGAAAUUUCAUAAAUUGUGGAAUAAAAUAUUGGUGAUUAAUCAAAUGAAAUAAGUGUUAUGAAUUUACCUUUGAUUAAAGGUAUUUUAAUUAGCGGUCUAACUGGGACAGGGAAAAGCACUAUUCUUUAGAUGCUUAGAGAUUAGUUUAUUUAGUAUAAACCAGUUUUGAUAUCAAUAAAUCAUUUAGAUACAAACAAUAAAGAAUUAUAAUAAUUACUAGAAAUAUCAUAAUAAAGAAAUAAUUUAAUAUUGAUAGAUGAUUUAUCAAGUUUGAGUGAAGAGAAUAUGUAAAAUGUUAAACCUUCAUUAUUUAAAUUAUUUGAUAAUAUUUAAAACAAAAAAUCACUUAUAAUAGGAACAAGUACAAGUAUAAAAGAUAUUCCUGAUAAUCUUAGAAGAUCAGGAAGAUUUGAGAAGGAAAUAAUAAUUGAAUAACCGAAUCAUGAAAAAAGAGUAGAAAUAAUGAUAAAUGAAUUUAUGAGAUAAAAGAUAGAAAUUGAUAAAGAGAUUUUGAAAGAAAUAUCUUAUUAAAUGAGUGGUUUUACAGUAAAUGAUAUUAGAUGUUUAAUAAGAGAAUUCUAUUUAUUAAAAGAUAAAGAAGGAGAUAAUAAAAAUAAAUUAAGAUAAUCUUUAUAAAGAUUGAAUCCAAGUGGAAUUCGUGAUUUGUUAGCAGAUGUUCCAAAAGUAGAAUGGGAUGAUAUUGGUGGUUAUGAAGAUAUAAAAUAAGAAAUUCGAAAAGUAGUAGAAUGGCCAUUAAAAUAUCCUGAAUAAUUUAAGAAAUUAGGAAUUACUCCUUCAAAAGGUAUUUUACUUUAUGGUCCUCCUGGAUGUUCAAAAACAUUAUUAGCAAGAGCUUUAUGCACUUAAUGCAAUUUAGCUUUUAUAGCAGUUAAAGGCCCUGAAAUUUUUAGUAAAUAUGUAGGUGAUAGUGAGAAAACAGUUAGAGAAAUAUUUAAAAAAGCUAGAAUAUGUGCACCUUCAGUUUUAUUUUUUGAUGAAAUUGAUGCUAUUGCACCAUAAAGAUAAGGAAGUACAGAUGUAUCAGAUAGAGUUUUAAUAUAAUUGCUAACAGAAAUUGAUGGUUUUGAAUCAUUAAAGAAUGUUAUAAUUAUUGCUGCUACAAAUAGACCAGCUUCUAUAGAUAAAGCAUUACUUAGACCAGGAAGAUUUGACCAUCUAGUCUUUGUUGAUGUUCCAGAUAGAGAAGGAAGAAAAGCUAUCUUUGAAGUUAAUCUUAAAAAAAUGAAAGUUAAUGAUGAUGUAAAAUAAGGACUAUAAUUAUUACUAGAUAAAACUAUGGGUUAUACUGGGGCAGAAAUUUGUUAAAUAUGCAGAGAAGCUGGUAUUUUUUUAAAACAUUAUUUUAAGGAUUAAAUGCUCUCAAUAGAAAUAUUUAAAAUGAAUUUAUUGAAUUUUAAGACUUUGAAAUGGCCUUAUCAAAAGUUAAAUCUAAUAUUACUCAUGAAGAUCGUAUGCAAUUUUUAUAAUUUGCUAAACUUGUUUAAUGAUGAUGUAAUUUUUAUAUUAUGUAUAUUAAAUAUAUGGG